AUGGACCGCAAACGGAGCAAGGCACAGGCGGAGGCUAUGGCUGCAGAUCUCGGUGACAUCACUUCAAUGAAUCUGCUUGGCGCUGCCGAUUUAAGUCAGUGGAUAGAACUUGUGAAAGAUUACUCUGUGGCGGGAGAUCACACACAUGUCCUCUCUGAAUCUGAAGAAGAUGAUGAUGAUGAUGAAGACAUGGAUCACCCAGUUAUCACAGAUGACGUUGAAAUUAUAAUGAUUAGAGUGCGCAACGCGAUGGAACCGGGUUAUGACAAGGAGAUGGACAAAAUCCGUAAAUUUGAUUGCAAAUGCGGAGAGGGGCGAAAGGAAGACUCCAACGAAGGAACGUGCACAAAAAAACUGUACCCGGACCGUAUCUACAAAUACAGGCGUAAUAUGGCAUCCUUAACACAGAGGUUGAGAGACAUUGGCAUUCUCGGAGUAUUAAAUACCAUCGCACCUAUACUUACCGUAGGCGCGAAAACCCAGUGUUCCAAGACAGGGGAGCAGACUCAACCGAAGCCCCAAACACUUCCAUACCUGGUUGGAGGUGUUCCGGUCUGCGAGGAAUCAUUUAUAUUGGGUACAUGCUUUACAUAUAGUAUUUAAAAUACAUUUAGAACUAGAAUCACAUCCUAGUGAGCCUAAUACUAAUAUAGUAGUAAUUGUAUUGAGGUGACAAAGUUGUAGGUCUGUUGGAUUGGGAUUUUAUUUCUCUAUAAAGUCUUGAUGUUCAUGGUUGGACUAUUUUGAAUUGCAUUUCUAUCUUGAUGCCAAUCCCAUAAGGGCAGAAGUGGAACCACUGGUCCAAGAGUGAUGGGGUAGAGUUUUUCCUGAACUGGUGACCUAGCUAAAUCUGGACCCUAAUUGUGGGGUAUGACAUGGUGAUUAAACCGUUUUUAUAUGGGCUAUUUAAUACAGAGAAAUUGGCAUAGUAGGCAAUCAAUCCUUUUACAUCCUGCAAAUCACCAGUGGUGGGUGACUAUUUUGAAUCCAUUUUCACAUUCACUCUGUUAGUAAUGCUUACAAAUUGGUUCAUAACUCUACAAAUAACAGCAAUCCCACUCUGGAACUCUGAUAUGCAUGUAGAGUAGGGCUCUCCAACCCUGUUCCUGGAGAGCUACCUCCUGUAUGUUCUCUCCAACCCCAGUUGUAAUUAAUCUGAUUCAUUUUAUCAACCAGCUAAUUAUUAGAAUCAGGUGCUCUAGAUUAGGGUUGGAGUGUGACUUUACAGGCUGGUAGCUCUCCAGGAACAGGGUUGGAGAGCCCUGCCGUAGAGUAUAUGUUCAACAAUAUAUUGAACAUUUGCCCAAAAAAAUAAAAAUGUUUUCAAACCAACACCUCUUAACGAGGUCGCUAGGUGUUGGGUUAAGGUAGCUAGAAUAUGUUUAUAAUAGGGAAGUUGUUAUAGAACCAGUAUCUGAUGCUGUUACCUUUUUAAUUCCCUCAGCAUCAGCAGAGAGCGUCUAAUAUUCCUUCACCGGUCCUACCAGGAGAACGGUACAAAGCCUCCCACCUCACCACCUACCACUGGCCGGCCACGCAAUCCUGUAGCCCCUGCAGCUGCCACUGGCCGGCCACGCAAUCCUGUAGCCCCUGCAGCUGCCACUGGCCGGCCACGCAAUCCUGUAGCCCCUGCAGCUGCCACUGGCCGGCCACGCAAUCCUGUAGCCCCUGCAGCUGCCACUGGCCGGCCACGCAAUCCUGUAGCCCCUGCAGCUUCCACUGGCCGGCCACGCAAUCCUGUAGCCCCUGCAGCUGCCACUGGCCGGCCACGCAAGCCCCGUGCUGCUGCGAAGAAGACAUAG